AUGCCCAUCACACUCUCCAUCCUCGUCUACGUCGCAUCGCCGCUCGACUUUGCGCGGUACCGGCAUACGGCGCUGUUCUUCCAGUUCCCAGAGAAAGAGACAGGAUCAGAACCAGACCUCAAGUCCUCGCUUAUGGAGAUCGUUGGGUCGCAUGGUUUCUUUACUUUCUCGGAGAGGGUGAAUUGGGAUAUUCCCAUCAACUCAACUGAGCUCGCCCGAAUAAUCCCUCUCUCCCUCCUCCCACAGAAAGCAACGAUUCCCGAAAUCCCCAAACUCCGCGCAACGGUAGCAAGCACCCCGAUACCCGCGGACGGCGAGCAGGACUGGAACUGCCAGAACUGGGUUGGUGAUGUUCUGGCGAGGUUGGUGGCGGCGGAAUAUUUGGAUUCGGCGGAGCGGAACCGCGGGCUUGAUGGGAUGGUUGAUGCUAUUCUUGAGGCCAAAGAUGAGGAGAUUGCUUGA